UUGAGCUUAAAAAUUUCAUAUUUACAUAAUAAAUGAGUCAAAUGUGCUCUGACUUGGCAGAAAUCCUAAGCCGUACACUUUUCUCUCGCACUGCGUAAAAGGUCUCCGGUCGGGGUGCUUCCAUGAAAAUGACGCCGUUUUCCCGGUGAAAACGUCGAAGCUCGACUAGGUGACGGCGAAACGCGAAGCCGCCGGGAAGCAAACGACAACUCAGAUUCGUUGCCCACGUCUAUUUGGCAUUCACAAUACGGAUCCGCAAACCUGGCUUCAGAUAUCUGGAAACGCCUAUUUCCGACACGAACCAGGAGGCGCGCUUCAUUCGGGCCCGGCCGGCUGAUCACUUCCGGAAUGAAUCUCAACCCGUUCAAGCUCUGCUCCGGCCUCAAAGUUCUUGGCUACUUUAUGAUCCUCCUCGUUGCUGCUAUCGUCGCUGUUUCGUAUUACGCCGUUGUCGUCGUCUCUUCGGGUCCUCACCUGCUUCGCGGUGGCCUCCAGUCCCUUCUUUCGUUCUCUAUAAUCACCGUGUUUCAUAUUUUGCUUGUACUUUUGGCAUGGAGCUACUUUAUGGUAGUGUUUCAGGAUCCUGGUUCUGUUCCUAAAAACUGGAGUCGAGUAUCCGAGGAGGAAACUUUGGUGGCUGGAAGUUCUACCAUGUUGCCAGAAUCUGCAACACGUGAGGCAUUGGCUUCUACAUGGCCUCCUUCAGAUGAGUUGGAAAGAAGACGUGAUGUAGGUUAUUGUAAUCAAUGUCAGAAUGGCAAGCCUCCUCGUUGUCAUCACUGCUCUGUUUGCCAAAGAUGUGUUCUUAAAAUGGACCACCAUUGUGUAUGGGUUGUUAAUUGUGUGGGCGCACGUAACUACAAGUUCUUCCUACUUUUUCUGCUAUAUACAUUUCUGGAGACAACAAUGGAUACUUUAGUAUUGCUGCCGGGUUUCAUCAAAUUCUUUGGAGGAACCAAGAGUCAUUCAAUGUCACCUGGCAAUCUUGCUGUCACUUUCUUGGCUUUCGUUCUCAAUUUGGCAUUCUCGUUGAGUCUUCUUUGUUUUAUAGUAAUGCAUGCUUCUCUUCUGUCAAGCAAUACCACAACAAUAGAGGUUUAUGAGAAGAAAAGAGCAAUCAGGUGGAAGUAUGACUUGGGCUGGAAGAGAAAUUUUGAGCAGUAGGUUUUUGGCACCAGAAAGGCACUGUGGUUUUUCCCUUUGUUCUCGAGAGAAGAUUUGGAUAAUAUAGCUGCGCUUCAAGGUGUAGAAUUCCCCACUCGGACAGAUGUUGAGGCUUAAAGUGGGGCGAAUUUAUCCCUCCUGCAGCUGGAGCAACUACCAGUUUCUUCUUGGAUCAAAAUAUGUAGUGGUAUAUUUUAAUGCACACUGCAAUUAUGUUUUCAACCUCGGUCUGUAAAGAAUGAUUCUAUGUUGAAUUUGGUUAUAUAUGUAUAUAAUAUUUGUUGGCAUGAAAUUGUCUUUCGUGUAUGGGAGAAGAAAAUUAUCUUGCCCUGAUAAAAUUUUCAGGUGCAAAUCAAAUGAUUGUAAUUUCAUAACCAGUCAUAUGUACUUGUAUGUACCAUUAUUGAAAUCUAAUAGCAUUGUUCAUUUCCUUGGA